ACAAACUAUAGAACAUAAAUGUCUUUAUGAUUUGAUGAUCUACUCUGGUCAUUUAGAGGCAAAGUUACAAGCUUCAAUUUCCAUGCAGUUCUGCAUUUCUCAAACCCAAUAACGAACAGCCAGCUUCAAACUCUGAAUAAUGAUAAUGAGGUGAUGAGUUCUUGCCGUCUGAGCGGCACCACUAGAGCGCAGCACUGAGUCGCGAACGACCAAAGAAGUUUCAGGUCAUUGAGACCACUAACAGAUUACUGAUACAGAUCAGUGUCAGAUACACGAAGAUCCACGAUUUUUAAUCUUGAUUCGUGAUCUGGUAAAUCUGAGUACUGGAGUCUUCCAUGAAGCCACCCGAUGUAGGACAGUGUUUAAUGGUCAUCGUUAUUUUUAGUAAAGAGCUCAGCAGCUGUAUCACUUCAGUCUGAUACUAAUGAUGUGAGGAUGAGCUACAAACACAUUGAACACGGAAGUUCUCACCUCCUCCACUUAGAGCAGAGACGCUCUGCAGACAUUAGUCCUGAUCUUCUCUCAGCUCCACAUGUAGAUCAGACUGACUCUGUCUGAGUUUGAGCUCCACUCAGACCUGCAGGAUGAGGACUGUUUAUCUGGGAAUGCUGCUCUUAUUCCAAAGCGCUGUUUCCUCCUUAACGGAGUUCAGCGUUAAAGGAGAGAUCAGGAACUUUGCUGUUGGAAACGGGAAAGUGUUCGUCGUCACCGACUCUCAGCUCCUCCAGAUGAGGCUCGAUCUAGUAGAGGAAAAACACAAGGACAUAUCUGACCACACACAUCACCAAGUUAAUAUUUUACUGCCUUUCGACGCGAAUAAGACCCUGAUAACCUGCGGAAUUUAUGGCUGUGGAUACUGUGAACUCCUGGACAUCAAUGACAUCAGCAGAAGUCUCUACAGGGAGAAUGUUUCAGUCGGACCAUCUGUUAAUAAAUCAUCUGUUUCCUUUAUUGUAGAUUUUGAUGAAGGAAACGCAGAAAGAUACAUGUUGGUUGCCAGAGAAAAGGUUCCUGAAGACUGUGGCUCUGAUGAUGAAGUAUCUCUGCGGAACACUCUGGACUCUCAGACAGGAGGAAUUUUUUCUAAAGUAGCCUCUUCAAACGAAGCCAGCAUUUCUCCACAGAGUGAUGUUGAGUGGAUUGAUGGCUUCCAAUCAUCUCCUCCCUCUCACUCGUACCUGCUGGUGAACGUUAAGUCUGGAACAGGUCCAGCUGUGGUGGUCUUAAGGAUGAAGAACAUCCGCAGUAAAACAGAAAUGACCAGAUCUCUACAAGGUGCAGUGCUACAGUGCUGUGAUGAUAAAGACCGUAAAAAGCUCUUAUCCUCCUCUGCAGUUCUCUCCUCUGGAUCUCCUCUUCUCUGGGCGGGAAUAUUCACUGCGCAAGAAGCGCACGACCCCCAGAACACUGCUUUGGCCAUUUACGACCUCAGUCAGCUCAGAGACCGAGUACCUUCAUAUUUCAGCUGUAAACCACAGUGCACAGCUCAGAAAGGAGGUGAUGCUCUGAGUCCUCGUGCUGUGGUGCUCAAACACAGUUCAAUGUCAUCUGUAGCAGCAGAAAAGAAAGGAUCCUGGAUUGAGCUCUACAUCGGAACUGCAAAUGGACAACUGAUGAAGAUUGUGCUGGACAAGGCUUUGAAUUCUGGCUGUUUGACGGUGCUGUACAAAUCUGAUGAUGACAGGAUGGUGUUUCCCAGAAUGCACUUUGAUCCAGUGGAUCAUAAAUACAUCUACAUAGCUUUGGGAAAUCAGAUCAAGCGACUAGCAGUGACUCAGUGUGGUCUGUACAGCACUUUGAGAGACUGCAGAGCUUCUCAGGAUCCGUCCUGUGGCUGGUGUCUGACUACAAGCAACUGCUCGACCAAAGACGAGUGUCCAAACUCUACUUGGAUCUCCAUUCCUGAAGAUUCUUUUCAGAAAGAGCUGAUUUCUGUGAUUGUAACUGAGGUCACUCUGAAUCUCACCUUGAAUGUGGAGGGAACAGAAAAGCCUCCCUUAACAUGUACUUUUAUGGAUGAAGAUGUAAAUAGUGGAAAUCUAUGUAAUAGUGAGGCUGCAGUUUUCCCCAGCUGCUCCUGUGAAUUCUCCAGCCAGCGACUGCCAGUUAAUGUCACAGCAACUGUCACUAUUGGAGAUCAGAAAAUCACAGAGAGACUGAAACUGAGGAGCUGCCCAAACAUCACAGAGACAUCAUCAUAUGCUAAGUGUGUAGCGUGUGUCUCAGCUGGGUGUCAUUGGUCCAGCAGUAGUAAACAGUGCAGCUGGUCUGAUGGCUCUGCUUCACAGGUGGCAGUGAUGGACGUGUGUGAAGGAUUAUCUUCUGGGAGUAAUGCACCAGAGAUUUUCUCCCUGGAGCCUAAUCAGGUUUCCUUUCACGGCAAAAAACAUGCAGCGCUGAAAGGAAAAAAUCUGGAUCUGGUCGAGAAAAUUCGUUUUCAGGGAUUCAUGGAGUGCACUUCAAAGGAGACUCCAGUGUUGGAGCGCUCCACUGACACUCUGAAGUUCAGUAUUCCGAGCGGAAAUAAAGGAACUGUAAGGGUGUGUGUGAUGACAGCAGACGGCCGUUGUCAUAGUAACGCCACCAUCACUUAUGGCGCCCAGCCCACCUGUACUGGACUGCAGCCUAAGAACACCUGGGCCAGUGGUUGGAGGAAGAUCCAAGUGUUGGGGAACAAUCUGGAGUUUGUGGAUGAAGUUACUGUUCAUUUAUCUCUCAAACCGAUCACCCUCAACUCAAACAUGACCUUUUGGUUCCACACUCAUAAUCAGAGAGAAUACAUGGGCUCUGGGCCAUUCAAUGUCUCUCUCAUGGUGGGAAACUCAAAAGUGGAGUGUGCAGAUGAACUGUCUUACCUCCCAGAUCCAGAAUUCACCAGCUUCUCCACCUCUAAAGUGGACAAUGAUGUGCUGGUCACCAUACAGAAAACAGAAGACAUGCUCAGUAUGAGUAAAGAAGAGAUGAUAGUGUGGGGGCUGCAGGAAGAGAAGAAGUUUGAGUGUGUGAUUGACACAAUUAAGUCCACUGCUCUCACCUGCAAAAUUGCGGGAGAAAAUGGACGUGAAAUCAGAGUGAACUCACUCAUGAUCAUGGUUGGCAAUUUUACAAGCACUAUAGAGAUGCCAUUGAAUAGUACAAAAUAUGCGUAUACAGUUGUCGCAUUAAUUGUUUUGAUUCUUCUUGGUGCUCUUGUUGGAGCAUUCAUCCAUCGUAAGAGCAAACAGCAGAUGAGUGCACGAAUGAAUGAGCGCCUGGAGCUCCUUGAGAGUGAAAUUAGAAAUGAGAUCAGACAAGGGUUUGUGGAUUUACAGACUGAGAAAUCAGACCUGACUGAAAAUGUUGGAGCCAUUCCUUUCCUGGACUACAAGCAUUUUGCUUUGAAAAUAUUUUUUCCUGAGGGUGGGCCUUUAGCAAGCUUGAUGAUCAAAGACAUUGGCCAGGAUGCAAUGAAAAUAGAAGCGGAUGAGAAAUGCCAUGCUCUUUCUGCGAUGAUCCGAGAUCAGAUGUUCCUCACCUGUUUCAUCCAUGCUCUGGAAGAACAGAAAAACUUCAGCAUAAAGGACAAGUGUGUAGUGGCAUCUCUGUUGACUGUAGCCCUGCAUAGUGACCUCCCAUAUCUAACUGAGCUAAUGGAAGACCUGCUCCAAAGUCUGAUGGAUCUGCCCAGCAAUGCUCAGCCCAAACUUCUGCUACGCCGUACAGAAUCCAUUGUGGAAAAACUACUCACCAACUGGAUGUCCAUCUGCCUCUAUGGCUUUCUCAGGGAGUCAGUUGGGCAGCCUCUGUUCCUGCUGGUGUCUGCUCUCACCCAACAGAUUUCGAAAGGGCCGGUGGAUGCGGUGACCGAGAAAGCUUUGUAUACUCUAAAUGAAGACUGGCUCUUGUGGCAGGCUCAAGGCUUCAACUUUAGCCCUCUGAAGCUGAAGGUGCUGUUUGCUGUGGGGACAGAAGGAGAGGUCAGCGAACCCCUAGAAGUCAAUGCACUGACCUGCGAUACUAUAGAGCAGGUGAAGGAAAAGAUUUUGCAGACCUUCCAGCGCAAGUUUGGCUUCCCAUAUACUCAACAACUGAGAGAGAUCGACAUUGAAUAUGAGAAAGAAGGAAAGUAUGUGCCUUUAGAGGAAGUGGAUGGAAGCUCAGAGGUCCAAGGGGAGGUGACCAUGCUAAACACACUCCAGCAUUACCAAGUCCCCGAUGGAGCCUGUAUUAAAGUCAUGACCAGAAGGGUCCAUGCCCCUCUCAGUCCACAGACAAGUGUAAAGGAUGAUCAGGACUUCUCUACAAAGUACUUCCACCUGAUUGACCCAGACAUCGAUAGAGACGAGAGCAACCACCCAGAGAGGAAGAAAUUGAAGCUCAAAGAGAUUUACCUCACUAAGCUACUCUCAACCAAGGUGGCAGUGCACUCCUUCGUGGAGAACCUCUUCAGGAGUAUCUGGGGAAUGCCCAACAACAGAGCUCCCUCAGCAGUAAAGUACUUCUUUGAUUUCCUGGAUGGCCAGGCUGAGAAGAAAAAGAUCACAGACCCAGAUGUUCUCCACAUCUGGAAAACAAACAGUCUGCCGCUACGUUUCUGGGUGAACAUUCUGAAGAACCCCAACUUUGUGUUCAGCGACCUAGAGAAGACGCCUCACCUAGAUGGCUGCCUGUCUGUCAUCGCCCAAGCCUUCAUGGACUCCUUCUCCCUCACUGACCAACAACUGGGCAAGCACGCACCGACAAAUAAGUUGCUGUAUGCAAAAGACAUUCCUCUGUAUAAACAGGAAGUAAAGGCGUACUACAAGCUGGUGAGGGAUCAGCCAUCUGUGAGCAGCCAAGAGUUCAAGAUGUUUCUGAAAGACGAAUCAAAGAAACAUGAAAAUGAAUUCAAUGAAUCUGCUGCCCUUCGCGAACUCUACAAGUACAUGCACCGCUAUUUUUCUGAGAUCAUCCAGAAACUGGAAGAGAUGGGUGCCUCAUCUAAACUGAAAGAGGAAAUGCAUCGCGUGAAGGACCUUUUUGAGGACAUGAAGAGAAGUGCAUGGACCUGAGUGUCCCUCUGGCUGUCUCCAAAGACAAAAUAUGACUCCACUGCCUUAAUUCUUACCUCUCCCUAGCUUUUUGAGCAGCUCUCCCAUCACUUGAGGGGACUCUUUGCAUGACAUGUUCUUCUAUCUGGCUGGCGUCACGAGUGUGAUGAGAGACAAAGAGACUUGGGUGGGUGCUAAAUGUACACUGAUCACAUAUUAGAACACAGAACCUGCAGACAGUGUAAAGCUCCAAAAAGAUCACAUGAAGAUCUUACGCUAACGUUGGACCAUCUUCCAGUGUUGCACACUUAGGCUGGUUCAAGAUCAUUAUAGACAAAUGUUAACAUUAUAACAAUGCAUUAUACUAACAUAAGCUAUCAUGCCACUCUGUUGACCCUUUUCUUUAAUGUUCCUUUAAUGACAUUUUCACAAACCGAAACAUAACUGAACAAUAAUACAAUCAUAUGCAAUAUCUUUAGCCACACAGUGCUGUAAAGCUGUGGCUUUAAGAUAAUGUACAGUGUAAGCUAUGUACUGCCUGCCUCUAACACACUACUGCUUCAGAUUGUGUUAUGCCAUGCUUUUUAUGUGCUUUUUCAUGGGUUGAACCUGGACAGACUGUUAAUCUGUAGCUUUUUGGAACCGCAGAGGGCUAACGUAAUGCUAAUAAACUGCUUUUGAAGUCAAGGCUCUUGACAAAGCAGAAACAGACCUUGUGACAACCCUCAAAGCGGAUGCCAGCUGUCAACAGCGCUACAGGAAGUUCCUUAAAGAUACAGUGUGAUAAUCGUAUGAUCUCAAACAGUGCAUCAGUUAAUGAACCUCCAUGAAAAGUUUUCACGUAGUGAGUGAACCCAACUUCUGAGGAAAUUGUAGAUUCACAAUGGAUAAGUAGUUGGUUCAUGUUGUACUUUGUAAAAUUCUUAAGAUUUUGCUCCUUUGAUUUGUUAUUUUGUUUAUUUUUCUCUAUAGAGUGUUUGUGUUACAUGUUAGGGCUAUUUUACUGCAGUUUCUGUUGUUCUCAGGAGCAAAUAUUAAUUAAAAAAAGGAAAAAUGAAAGAAAUAAAUGUUGACGUUCCUCAGCUGAAGAACCUUUUAGCCGCGCCGCAAUGCUGCCCUCUGCUGGUCAAAUCAGUGCAAGCACGCUAGGCACAUGCAGGAAAUAUUGCAGUGGCAGUCCAUGAUGUUGAUUACUUCAGUGCCUGUGUGUCCUUUGCUCAGUGGUUCCCAGUCCUGGUCCUGGAGCACCCCUGUCCUGAAUGUUUUGGUGGCUCCUUUGUUCUGAAGCAGAAAGGGUUUGCUGGCCUAUGAGUUAGAUUGUGUAUACUUGGGCAGGAAAACCCCAAAAUAUACAGGACAAGACUGCUCAAAGACUAAGGUUGGGAACUACUGCCUUACAUGAAGUCAAGUCAUUACUGUAUUAAAAUAAAUACUUUGUAUAUUCUAUAUACACUCACCAAGGACUUUAUUAGGAACAACUUCACCUACUCAUUCAUGCAAUUAUCUAAUUAGCCAAUCGUGUGGCAGCAGUGCAGUGCAAAAAAUCAUGCAAAUACAGGCCAGCAGCUUCAGAUAAUAUUUACAUCAACCAUCAGAAUGGGGAAAAAAUGUGAAAAACGUAGCCUGGUCUGAUGAUUCUCCAUUUCAUGCCACGCAUGCUGGUUUGAGUAUUUCUACAACUGCUGAUCUUCUGGAAUUUUCAAACACAACUGUCUCUAGAGUUUACUCAGACUGGUGCAGUAAAGAAGAAACGUCCAGUGAGCAUCAGUUCUGCAAACAGAAACGCCUUGUUGAUGAGAGAGGCCAGAAUGGUUUGAGCUGACAGAAAGUCUACGGUAACUCAGAUAACCACUCUGUACUAUUGUGGUGAGCAGAAAAGCAUCAUAGAAUGCACAACGCAUCGAACUUUGAGGUAAAUGGGCCCCACUUCUGUUAGCCAAGAACAGAGAACUGAGGCUAGUAGGGUCACAAUUUGGCACCAACAACAUGAAUCCAUGAACCCAACCUGCCUUGUGUCAACAGUCCAGGCUGGUGGAGGUGGUGUAACAGUGUGGGGAAUGUUUUCUUUGGGCCCAUUAAUCAAUCAAUCAUUGCUUGGCUGCUACGGCCUGUUUGAGUAUUGUUGCUGACCAUGUGCAUCCCUUCUUCUAAUGGUUACUUCCAGCAUAAUAAUACACCAUGUCAGAAAGCAAAAAGAUGUUUCCAACAUUUUAUGGAAUCCAUGCCAUGAAGAACCGAGGUUGUUCUGAGAGCAAAGGGAGGCUCUACGCAGUAUUAGUGUUGUGACGACCGCCACGGGCUGCACUGCCAUGAGGAGCUUAGAAGGUGUGGCCAUGCAAAGUGGCACUCGGGAGGCGCCACACUCCCAGGUUAAAAAGGUACUGCUGCUGCUGUCUUAGUUGUUGUUAUUGAUGUUAUUAGUGUAGUUGUGUUGUUUGCAGUAAUUGUGACUGAGGAGGGUGGGUUUACAAUGUGUUGAAGCUUUCACCCUAUGCAGAUGUCAUAUUCUCCCGUGUUACCUAUCCCUGCGUUUCCUGUUGAGUUAGCACCAGGCUGGGCAUUGCUUACUGUCUGUUAAAGUCUCUGUUCAAAAUAAAAAGCGUUUGCUUUCUUCUUCUACGCUGACACUACAGCAUAGUGUUUCUCAUAAAGAGCUCAGUGAGUGUAUAAAUAUGUAAUAAAGAUUUUUUUUUUGUAUAUGCUGUAUAUACAUUGGUAACUAAAAGGUUUGAAAAGAAUAAUAGCUGAUAUAUAACAAAAUUUGUCAAAAAAACUUGACUAAAAACGUGACUAAAACAAAAAUUGCCUGACUUUUUUCUGAUAAACUAGAUG